AUGUCUGACUCGGAGUCCGUUUCCGGGUCCUCUUCGGGCGAUGAGGUCCCGUCUCGACGUUCAUCUGUGCAGCAUCAAGAUGAGAACCAAGUUAAGUAUAUCGACAGUACUGAGAACUCAAAGAUACAGAUUGAAGAGAGAUGUGAAGAUAUCAGAGAUGAAGCCCCGAAUUUCGAGCUUACCCAACCGACAGAAGCUGACACCAAGGCUGAAGUCUUACACCUUGUAUGGCAAGAGUCGCCGUCAGACAGUGAUACAAGUGCUCAGGCUGCUGAAGCACGACUUAUAGAUUUCAUCGUUAUACCAGGAGUGUAUGCAAAGUGGACUGACAACGAGUUUGGGCCGAGCCCUGGAUCUGGAAGCUCAGCUUGGGUUACUAAAUUCGCUGAGGAAGGCUGGGAGAAGCCCAAGAACGCUCACAGCAGCUGCCGGGUGUUUCGAUUUGAUUAUGACUCUUCCGAAGUCUUCUCUGGUCAGAGAUCUCGAGAGGCAAUCCAUCGGGUUGCCUUAAGAUUGCUCAAUGAGCUACGCUCAAAGCGUUCUGGCGAGAUCAAGGCUCUCAUUACAGCUUCCCUCGAUAGGAGCUCAUGGCAAGACAUAUCAGAGAUGACACGAGCCUUGGUCUUCAACGGCUGUCCACACCGCCAGAGAGACACUGCCGACAUGGAAACGAGGCUAGCUAGCUUUCUCUAUACCAACUACUCUCAGGACUCCGGAAAACCACGACCUUCACUGAAAUCAAUAUCAGGGCUCACCAAAGCCAUUAUCCAAGUGAAUGGGCUCUUUGUAACUUCACAUAUCGCGCUGCGCAGCUGGAUAAUAAAUUUGCACUCUCACGGACUAAACAGCAAUGGGGGUUUCGACGCUUACUGUGCGACGUUGGGCAUACCGUUGGAGAAAAGAUUGACAGCACCAACCGGAACGGACUAUUCUCCUCUUACUACGUAUCUUGCCAAGAUAGAGCCAGAUGUGCGGGAGCCGAAAGAAUCCAUCGGAGCCCGGCAGUAUUCCCAAGAGAGAAAGCUUCUUGCUCUGGCGUCUCCAAUCUAUCCACUUCGAAACAAAGUUGAAUUCAACCCCUUGGCCGAUCUACCAGCUUAUCAAUCCUGGUUGAACAGCCCUUGUCCUCAAAUACUCUAUCUCCACGGUAGCCACCGGGUUAGGGAUGUGGCCGAGAGCGUGUUCUAUGCACUCGAAGACGAAGCCACAAAAGUGAAACGACGUGCAAACGUUCUAUACUUCUCUUUCGAUAGGUUCGACGUGCGUGCCGAUAGUAUUCGGGACAUGAUAGCUACUUUCUUGGCGCAAAUCUGUAACCAUCACCCGAAACUCGGACCUGCUAUCAAUCGACUGUGCAGCCAGAUCGAAAAUGAGAGGGGAUGGACUGAGACAGACCUGAUUCAGUUCUUUGAGAUGUUCAGAAUCUCAGCAGAAGUCGAGCAGACGAUGAUUGUUAUCAAUCAUUUCGACGACUGCACUAAGAGUUCACGCAAGAGGUUUCUGGAUCACAUCACUGACAAGUAUUACAAUGACGAGACCCCCUGGAAGAUUGUCGUUACAAGUCAUGAGCCGGGUGCUCUGAGUGAAGAGCUGUCGGGUCCUUUUUGUGUGCCUAUCGAUAUAUCUUCCGGGGAGUUGGGAGACCUUGAUGCGGAUGGCUUCGAAAACGACAUUCAAGCACUGAUAAGCUCAAGGGGGGAUCUGACUCUCAACGGAGAGCAGAUACUCGAGGAGCUGCGGUUCAUGGAAAAGUUAGACCCUCCGGUGCGCCAUAUUCUAUGUGAACAGCUCAGAAUUCGGGAAGAAUGGCCCGACGAGAUGUCGACUGAUGAUACUCUUGGCUUAUUGAGCAUUUCAAAACAAGUGGCGGAGGGCGACAGGGCUAUGGUAUCUGUGCUGAAUGCAGUGCUCACGCAAUAUGUCGACAGGAAAUCCCUCGAGUGCCUUUUCUCUUGGCUCCUAUAUGCUGUCAGGCCACUCACUAUCUGGGAGCUUGCCACUGUCCUCUCGUUUUCAGACGAAAGGGAAGGUAAUAAAGUGUCUCCAAGCUUCAUGGCUGUUGACCGGCUCCUUGAAAAGAUUGAGAAGGACUUUGCUGGUAUUCUUGAGGUGAAUCACAACGAGGUCAGGUUUAAACACCCCUGCUUCCACGAAAUCAUGGUCAAUGGUGAUGCUUCAGUACAGAACGCCGAAGAUAAGGAUUAUCUGUGGAACAAGAUCAAAGGCAAAGCUCAUCAUCUCAUUCAAAGCAUGUGUCUAGACUACCUAUCCAGACACACUGUUCAAGAGUAUGUCAGAGAGACCUUUGCAGUUGCAGACUCAGCAACUUUCGAGACACCACCUUUCCCAGACCGCACAAACCUUGCUUCAUAUGCCAUACAGGCUUGGGCACAUCACUAUUCUCUCAGCUCCCCUCUUCCAGACAUAUCCACCUUGUCAUCGAAAAAGGACCUGGUUCAGACCCUCGCCAAAGCCCAGUGGUGUUUAUCUAACCCUGCCACCAGACGCUCUCCCUGCUUCCAGUCUCUGUUCCCAAUCUUUGCUGGACUUGGCCUCGAUAAUGUGGUGGAGCCACUAGGUAGUGACGAUGCGUUGCGAGGUCUUAUCGAAGCAGCAAGUAAAGGACAGAAACAAGUGGUCGAGGAUCUUCUUGGUGAAUACGACUUCACCCCCGAGGAGACAUGGGAUGUUCUCAAGGCCGCAAGCUCCUCUGGGAGCGAGGAGCUGAUGAAAGCCCUGCUGGAAAAGAUAGAGGCCAAGGGGAAGAUACCUGACAACUUUGAGUGGCCGCCUGUUUUGAUCUAUCGGGCUGCCAAUCUGGGUCUAGAGGGGUUUGCCGAAAGAAUACUCAGUCUUGGAUGUCCCGCAGACCCCGACGUCGAUUGGAGGAACGAGACAUCCAUGCAGGCAUCCCCUCUAUAUCAGGCAGCCUGUCAUGGGCAUACAAAUACAGUCCGAGUUCUGUUGAAGCACGGUGCCGAUACGAAGUACACGAGCCUUUCUGGAAGAAACCCGCUUCACAAGGCUGCCCUUGAAGGUCACACCGAGACCGUCAAAAGCAUUUUGGAAGAGUCACGGGUCAAUAUUGACUGUGCUUCUGAGUCAAACUUCACUCCCUUAUAUCUCGCAGUGCUUGGCGGUAACCACAGCACAGUGAAACUGCUAUUGGAGAAAGGUGCAGACCCAAAUAUGGGCAUCUCAGAUUCUCACACUGGGGAUGAUCAGUGGACGCCUUUGCAUGCGGCGACCGAUGACGGUUUCAUGAAGUGCAUCAGGCUACUUAUAGACUACAGAGCCAAUCCAAACAUUCCUGGGCCGUCUGGACCUCCGUUACAUUGGGCAGUUACUCAUGCUCGCGUCGAUAUCCUCGAUAUGCUUCUCGAUGCUGGAGCUGGUCCCUUGGCUGGAAUCCUUAAGAAGCCUCUCUUAGUCACAAGCGUCGAGCCAGAGCUAAAAGAAGCUGGUCUUGGUAUGCUGCAGAGACUUCUGGAGCUCAAAUUAGACGUCAACUGUAAGGACCGUGAGGGCAACACGCUGCUCACCACUCUGAUAUACUCGUAUGCAAACAAACCAGCCAACGAAUCUGUCCAAAGAGAGAAGGCUCUGAGAAUGCUGAUAGAAAAUUCAGCUGACCCCAACCUGGCCACCGACGACAUGUGGACACCAUUGCAAUAUGCUGUCAUAAUGAAACAGUACAAUGCGGUCGAAAUGCUCCUGGAAGCAGGUGCUGAUCCGAACAUAGCCUAUAAAGAGAACCAGGCACCACUUUGCUCUGCGCUUGAGCAGCCCAAGAUAGCCCGCCUGUUACUCGAUAAAGGUGCAAACCCCAACGUUGGAUUCUCCCGCGGGUUCACUCCCCUCACAUACGCUGCAUGCUUUGGUCACCAGGAUGCUGUGGAGGUACUUCUUGAGUACAGAGCGACUGUUGAUCUUGAGUAUGGCUUUGGAGUUGAUGAGCCUUUUAACAAUUGGCUCAAGGGCUGGACUCCCCUUAUGUGCGCUACAUUUCAAGGUCACCAUGGAAUCGUUCGGAUGCUUGCUGAAGCUGGGGCGGAAAUGAGUCGACGAGACAAGGAGACAGGGAGGUCAAUUGUUCACCUUGCAAUAUUUGGCGGAACCCUUUCCACUAUCUUGGAAUUCCCUUCGAGGAUUGAUCUAAACGCGACAGCGGAUAAUGGCCUAGGAGCCCUUCACUAUCGCGAUCUCAAGAUCCAAAACCUCAAGCAGCUAGUCAAUGCUGGAGCAGACAUUGAGAUUGGGGCCGGAGAAAGACCUACUCCCCUGCACGUAUACGCAGACUGUGACUUUGAGAAGGUGAGAUUCAUGGUCAACCGCGGAGCUAAUGUCAACUCACUAUGCCCACAUCACGGUUCACCUCUACAUCAAGCUUGCAGAGCAGGUCGAUUUGAUAUCAUCAAAUUCCUUGUUGAGCAUGGUGCCAACGUGAAUGCAACUGAAGACUUCCUGGGCACGCCUUUGCAAGCCCUAUUUCUUUCUCAGAGUCCAAUCGACGCGUUAGAACAUGAGAACAUAGUCCGCUACCUUUUGUCUCAACAUGCAGACGUUACUGUCAAAGCUGGUAUUUGGGGCUAUGCGAUUAACUCGGCUGCUCUCGGAAGUCUGCCACCUAUCAUCAGCCUCGUUCUUGACCAAGAAAACGCUACGGUUAAUGUAAAGGAUGAUAUGGGCCGCAUGCCUAUACAUUUGGCGGCCUGUAACGGUUUGGCCAACUUCGAAGCUAUUCUGGAGCGAGGGGGCGACAUACAUGCCAAAGAUAAACAAGGACGUACGCCGCUACACUGGGCUGCCCAAACAGGAAAACUCCAAGUUGUCAAGAAGAUCAUCUCACUAAUGGGUGCCAAGUUGGAUGUUGAUGUCCCAGAUAUUGAUGGUUGGACACCUCUUUGUUGGGCACCUCGCUACGGUUUACCACUACUCAAGCCAGAAAAUGUGGGAGAGCCGCCACUGAGUGCUGAUGUCGUGAGACUUCUCAUUGAGCAUGGGGCUAAGACAGAUGUGAUAGUCAAACAGGGAGAAGAGGCGUGGACUCCCUUGACAAUUUCUCAAUAUCACAGAAGUGAUCCAGAUGUUGUAUCAUUAUUGUAUAGUCGCAGUUCAACAGACGCGGACAAUAGUGAGGACACCCCUGAGGAAAUAAAGAAGAAGUCAAAAGCUGCAUCAAAACUAGGAGUACAACAGGGGGAUUCCUACUGUGACUAUUGCUUAUCGCGCAUUUUUGGGUUUUAUUGGGUUUGCGAUACGUGCAAAGGGUUGUGCUUCUGUCAUAAAUGUUACCAGCACGUUGGUAUUCUUCAUCCGGGGCAUGUCGACUUCACACAAAAAGGCGAAGAAGAAUAUGAGGAGGGUGAACAGGACGUUUCAGCAACAACUACUUCUGGUUCAUCAGACACAUACUCCAACUCUGAAUCUGACUCUGAUUCUGGCUCCAACCACUCAGAAGCGGGGGAAAAUAACGAGGAGAGUUCUUAG